AUGCCAAGACGUAUAGACAAAGUCAGUAGUAUGACCAAAGGUCAUAUUACCAUGUCUAUGAACAAAUUGAAUUUGUUUAAUAUAUACAGAAAGGAUCCAUUGCAGUAUUUUGGAAAAACAUUGUACCAACAAAAAUGGGCAGCCAAAACAGAAACCAGAAACUAUCAUGGUCAACAAAUUAAGGAAAAAAGGUUCAAAAACGUUUUGUUCGAUUCAAAUUUGAAAACAUAUUCACAAUUAGACGCCUCGUUAAAAGGUCACGAUGUUGCUCCAACUCCUAUUACGUUGCAAACAUAUGGAACUUUGGAAAAGAGAUUAGAAAUUGCUUUAUUCAGAAGUAUGUUUGCCAGUUCUGUCAGACAGGCUAGACAGUUUAUACUUGGUGGAUAUGUCAAAGUCAAUGGGGUUGUCAUUAAGCACCCCUCCUUCCCCUUACAGAGCGGGGAUGUGUUUAGCGUUGAUCCAGAAAAAGUAUUGUUUGCCCUUGGUAAAACUAAGCCAAGUCUAGAAAAGGCAUUGAGUGUUGAUAAAAAACAGAUUAAAAAAUGGAACAAUUAUGUUUUUGAAGCCAAGCAGAACCCGGAAAAAAUAUGGGAUUUAAAGCAAAAUAAACCAGACCUGUUGGACACUUUAAAGCAGAUUGAAGACUUUGAAAAACAGAAGAAAUCAGUUCAAAAUGCUAAAAAAUUAAUGAAAAUCCAACAAAAUCAGGUCACAAGACAGUCAAUAUUGCAAGAUAUUAUUCAACUUGGAAAUUCUGCGUCUGAAUCUGCUUCAUUGGAAACCUUUAGUAAAUACGGCGACGUGGCACGUACAAAGUGUUUACAAAUAUAUCAGACAUUGGCCAAGAAGAAUCACCCAAUAACAAAGGAUCCUUCAACUAAGAACAUUGAAGGUUUCUUGGCUAAGGACGAAACCAAGUCACCAGAUGAAAAACACGAAAUAAGAUUAAUCAAUUCGACAUUACGUGAAUUGCAAAAUAGCGAAUGGGAGAGAAUCCGCAUACAAUUUGAAAAUUUUGAAGAGGGCACUGAUACCAAAUUUUUCCAAACUUCAUUUGCUAAAGCUUUGCGAAGCGUACCUAAAUUAAAUAAGGAAGAGAUUUUGGAAGACGAAUCCAAAGCAAAAGUUCAAUUGCCUUGGCAAAAACAUCUUUUUGGAAGAAAGGACCCAUCAAGAUCAUAUUUCACUCCGUGGACACCAAGACCAUUUUUGGGAGCCUUUGCCAUUUUGCCAUCCCAUAUUGAAAUAUCAUUUGAUACAUGCCAUGCCAUUUACUUAAGAGAUCCUGUUGCCCGACCAGGUCAUUCAGAAGUGAUUUCACCAUUCCCUGAUCAUGUUCACGAAAGAGCCUAUAUGUACUAUGUGAGAAAAGGUAAAUCGUAA